UUGCCGGGAAAGAGUCAGCGCCCAGGAGCGAGGACACACGAGGCCCAUGUGGCGCAUGUGACGGCCCACCGACGCCACUCACACUUCAUCAGUUCCUCAUCUCCGGCUCGCUCCGCUCCCCCCACGCGGCCGAUCAAAUCCGACCCCGCAACCGCGCCGUCGAGCGAGCCCCAAGCCUUCUCCUCCACCGUCCCCGGCUGCCUGCGCCGCCCGCGCCCCCUCGCCCCGCCCCGCCUCGACUGCCCAGUGCCAGCGAUGAUCAGCAGAGGCGGCGCCGGGAACCGGAGUCGGAGGAGCCGAUGAAGCCGACGCCGUCGCAGAGGCGGCGGGGCCCGCGCGCGGCGCUGCUGGCGCUCGUCCUCUGCUCCCUGCUCGUGCCCCUCGCCUUCAUCUUCGACCGCGCCCCCUCCGGCUACGUGACCACGGACGAGCGGCGCCGACAGGAGGUAUUCGUGCCUUCGUUCGUUCACGUGGAGCCGAGUAAAGGAGGAGGCGGUGGUGGUGCUGUCGAUCCAGUCCCUGUCCAUGGAGUGAUACAGGAGAAGAAGAUUUCCAAUGGCAGCACUGGAGUGUUGCGGCAGCAUGAGCAAACUGGUCGCAACUCUUCGGGUGUUAGUGCUAAACCAAAAGUUCCUCCUGUACCAAGAACUGAACCACCGAAGGCUGUGAACGAAUCAACUCAAAGAACAAGUGAAGUUAGCAAUGCUAGAAAGAGACGAGGUGCAAAAGCGGAUGAAGUGGAAAAUGCAAAGGCUUGUCAGCUUGAAUUUGGGAGCUACUGCCUCUGGUCUACAGAACACAAAGUAAUUAUGAAGGAUUCGGUAGUGAAAAGGCUAAAAGACCAACUAUUUGUGGCCCGCUCAUACUAUCCAAGCAUUGCCAAGCUUCAAGGACAGGAGGUACUUACUCAGGAAAUGAAACAAAAUAUACAAGACCAUGAGAGGGUUCUUAGUGCAUCUGCUGUUGACGCUGAUCUACCAUCCUUUAUCAACAAGAAGAUAGAACAGAUGGAUCACACAAUAGCGAGAGCGAAAUCUUGCACUGUGGAAUGUCACAAUGUUGUCAGAAAGCUUCGGCAGAUACUUGAUAUGACUGAUGAUGAAGCUCAUUUUCAUAUGAAGCAGAGUGCAUUCCUCUACAAUCUUGGUGCUCAGACCUUGCCUAAAACUCACCACUGUUUUUCUAUGAGGUUGACAUUGGAAUAUUUCAAAUCCCCUUCAUUGGAUUCAGAUGUUUCUCUGGCUCGCAAGUUUAAGACCCCAAACCAUAGGCACUAUGUUAUACUAUCUAAGAAUGUCCUUGCAGCUUCUGUUGUCAUCAACUCAACAGUUAUCAGUUCUAAGGAGCCAGGAAACAACGUUUUUCAUAUCCUAACUGAUGCUCAAAACUUUUAUGGCAUGAAAUACUGGUUUGCCAGAAAUUCAUACAAAAAGGCAGCUAUCCAUGUUGUAAACUAUGAAGAAAUGAUUUUAGAAAAGCUACCAAAGUUCAGUCCGCGAGAGCUAUAUUUGUCUGAGGAGUUCCGUGUUUUCAUCAGGAGCACUGAGCGGCCCACUGAGAAGACAAGAAUGGAAUACUUGUCUUUGUUUAGUCAUUCUCAUUUCUUUAUUCCAGAAAUAUUCAAGGAUCUAAAGAAGGUGGUUGUAUUGGAUGAUGAUGUGGUUAUUCAAGGUGAUCUGUCCUUCUUGUGGAAUCUUGAUAUGGGGGACAAGGUAAAUGGUGCUGUUGAAUUUUGUGGUGUAAGACUGGGUCAAGUGAGAAGUCUCCUGGGUAAGACAAAUUAUGAUCCUAAAUCUUGUGCUUGGAUGUCUGGCGUGAAUGUGAUUAACCUGGAUAAAUGGAGGAAGCAUAAAGUGACAGAGAAUUACCUCAUGCUCCUUAAACAGGUCAAGAACAAUGAUGAGGUAUCUCUGCGAGAAUCUGCCUUUUCUUUAAGCUUGUUGUCUUUUCAACAUCUCAUCUAUCCCCUUGACAAGAAGCUGACUCUGUCUGGACUUGGAUAUGAUUAUGGAAUCGACCCGGAGGUUGCACGGAGUUCUGCAUCGUUGCACUACAAUGGCAAUAUGAAACCUUGGCUUGAGUUAGGCAUACCGGACUACAAAAAGUACUGGAGGAGGUUUCUCACCCGAGAAGACCGAUUCAUGGAUGAGUGCAAUGUAAAUCCGUAGCACACUUGAGUUCGAAAUCAGAACAGUCAACAACAGACCAUGGCAUCCAGUGGCCUCCUAGAUUCUGUCUGUGCUGAGUGGAUGCUUGUAGCCCCCGUGAGCUGUACUGUGCACUAGCAUAAGGGACACAUGCAGCUGUUGAACAUGAGAAGAGGUGCAGCCAUUGGCUGCCAGUGUUGACAGGAUUGAGCAGACGCAGCACCAUCUGUUCAUGGCAUUGAACAUGAUUGAUUGACGAUUUUGGCAUUCUGGGAUUUAUGUUGCAGUUAAGGAUAAUGUGAACGUGUCAGCCUUAUUGUGCAGAUUGUUCGGUAAUCUCUUCGAUGCAAGAUUCAUUUCCCAUUUUUUCUCUUCUGCCAAUAAGGGCACACACAUGCAGUCUCAUUUUUUGGCGUUUGGUCAUAGCGCAGUGAUUAGUUUUGGUAUUAUGCUGAUCGAAUGGAAAGAUUGCUGUCCAAACCUAUGGACAGCUCUGUGGAUAGCCUGUAUAUUCUGUUAUAGUUCCUCUCUGGAAUGCCAUAUUUUUUUGACAAGUGCACGCUGCAUUUUUCUUCUU